UGUAGUCGCCAACGGCCAAGCGUUCUCAAAGUGUCUCAAUAACGUUCUAUUUUGUAUCGCACGUUUCGCCCUUACACUUUUUUUGCGACCGCGAGGACAUGACAAAGAAACCAACGAUUUAUAUUGACUUGAAUAAUUGAUUUUUCAUGAGCCUUUGUUAGUGUGCGAGUGCAUUUGGACCUUGCUUUUUUUUUGUGUCGACCAAAAUUUUGAGUUGCUUCAAGACGAAUCAUUCGAACUACCUAUAAUUUCUAUCAUUACAAUGGAUCAGCUGCUUAGUUCCAAUACUAAGAACAAUGUCGAACUAUCGACAAAUAGGAGUAAUAUCAAAAAGCCUCGAGUAAUAACUAAAUUCACAAAGCCAGUACGAAAGAAGAUUUCCUCAAAAGAGAAUAUUCUGGAACAGGAGUCCACUACAGCGACUUUGACUGAAACAUCUAAUUCAAAAAAAGAAUCAUCUGUUUAUUCCAAUGAGUCUAUAUUUAUGGAUCCUCCAAAUACAUUGCAAACUCAGAAAACUGAUUGUCUACAAACCAGGCUUGCAAAAUUAGAGUCAUCUUUUCCAGCCAAAAUUAGUCUUCUGAAAGAACACAACAACAAUGAAAAUUCAUCAAUAGACAGUUCAACGCCUGCAAAGAAGAGAUUAGCUUUAUUGAUAAAAAAGAUGAGAGAAACGAAAUUUGAACCUUCAAAAACCUCUCAAUCAGUACAAGAUGACCAACACAGUAAUCAUGGCUUGGAGAAGGAAAAUGGAUCAUUUGUGAACAAUAAAGCUAGCAGCAAUGAUUUUAUUCCAUUCGUGGAUUCCAAUUCACAGGCUAAAACUCAGAUUUGUUCGUUAUCCAACAAAAUAUGGCCAUCAGAUAUACACACAAACCCUAAAGAAAUUUUUCCUUCACUGUCACACGAUGAGUCACUUAUAUUAACGUAUAUUUAUACUGGAUUGCUAUGCUCAAGUCGAGUAUUCAUAAAUCCAUCACAAGAGAGUAAACUAUCGAGUACACCAAAUGACUGGUCAUUGUCACCCCAGGUGUGGCCUAAGGCUUCACCACAAACUGCACAGUGGAAUGCAGAACCUUCAAAUCAAUUCAUUUCCUGUAAUCAGACAGAUUCUACUCAAUCCAGUCCUGCAACUACGAAAACUAUGCCGCAGAGUGAUGACAAAGCAAAUAAGGAUGGCAAAACACCAGCACAGCGCCGCUUAACCCAGUUGCUGCAAAAGUUGCGAAAUUCUUCAAGCGUCAAGAGUUAUCUCGCGUCGGCAACUCCUCCCGAACCAUCGGUUUCUUCUUCGAACACAGACUGCAACAACUUCAGAAAGAAGACCGGAUCUGGCGUGUGCUACAACUGCGGUAGCCCCGAGCACAGCUUUCCCGUCUGUCCAGAACCGUAGAGACGCUUCUGCCACAGGUGCGGCUUCGACAACGUCACAGUGAAAAAUUGUCCACGUUGUCAGAAUAGGCGAAAAGACCCAUAAACCAGCUAGUUUUUUUGACAGUGAAGAUGAAGAUUAAUUUUAAUAAGCUUGUACCUGCCAAUGUGAUUAUUUUAGGUUCAUGAAGCUUUUUUUUUAACUUAUGACAGGUAGUGUUUAAAAAGAUUGACAUUUUUAGUUAAGUCAAGAAGUUUAUUGAAAUUUUAAGUUAAAAUAAUGUUUAUCUUUCGCCAAGACGAAUUAAUUUUAAUGAGUUGUACCUGUCGAUGUGAUUAUUUUAAGUUUAUGCAGGCUUUUCCUUCGCCUAUGACAGGUAGUCUUAGAAUCAUUUAUACAUUUUAAUUUAGCAACAUGUAAAUCAUCAACGUACUUGCAUAGAAUAUAAUAUUACAACAGAAUCA